AGACAAGCGGUAAGUGAGUGGGGUGAGUGCAAAUGACGAACACCUGUGUCCUAUUCCAGUAACUGGCGUGGGGAGGCUUAAAAACCAGCAAGGCAGCAGAGCAAGGGAAGAGAGAGACGGACGCUACCACAGAGUGCUGAGGAGGACGUCGGGAGAAAGAAGGACUCGAGAAAGUUCUCCAGUUGUUUAGACUGUUUUUGUUUGUGUUUGUGAGCGCAUGUGGCGCAACGUCGAGUGACGACGAGCACGGAAAAUAAAGUUUCCAGUGGUAGUAACUCCGAUCCCAGCCUCUUCCUUCCUGUGUAUAUUGAACAUUGUUACAGUGGUGCCGAAACCCGGGAGAAAGGAAGGAAGUAGGAACGCCGCGGCCAAAAUGCAGAAUCCGCCGGCCUCGCCAUUUGCGGAAGUGAUUGCAUCACUCGCGGUCCUCCACCGAGAACAGCAUCAGGCUUUGCUGCAACUGAGGCAGGACCAGGAAGGGCGGUUCCAGGCCAUCGUCCAGGCCCAGCAGGAGGACCGCGAGAUGUUCCGGAGCUGGAUGGACCAGGGGGUUCAGACGGGGACACACGCCAGGCAGACACCACCUACACACCUGUUGCUGACCAAAAUGGGCCCGCAGGAUGAUCCUGAAGCCUUCCUGGAUCUCUAUGAAAGAGCAGCGGAGACCAGCGAGUGGCCGAGGGAGCAGUGGGCUCUGCGGCUGAUACCGCUCCUCUCCGGAGAGGCACAGGUGGCGGCGCAACAACUUCCCCCCGAGAAUCUGCUGGUCUAUGCUGAGCUAAGGAGAGCCAUUCUACAAAGGGUCGGCCGGAGCCCUGAGGAACACCGCCAGCGAUUCCGGUCGUUGGGGUUGGCGGAAACCGGUCGACCCUAUCUCCUAGCUCAACAGCUCCGGGACUCCUGCCGCAGAUGGCUGAUGGCUGAGGGCAGCGACGUUGAGAAAGUGAUCGAUAAGGUGGUACUGGAGCAAUUUACGACCUGCCUGCCCAGGAAAACGGCGGGCUGGGUCCAGUGCCACCGACCGACAUCGCUGGAGUCAGCCAUCCAGCUGGCGGAAGAUCAUAUGGUCGCGUGCCCUGGGGUCGGGGACCCCUUACCGGCCGCGUCUCUCUCCACACCACCACCAAUCAGACCGGUACCUGCUCCCCGGACCCGACCACCCGGACCCCUGAGAGGCCCUCCUCGCGGACGAGGAGGCUACGGACCGGGAUCAGCCGACGAAGGAGGAGCCAUGACCGGACGACCCACGGGGAGCUCGACACCUGGCUCCAGGUUUACACCGGCUGCCCCGUCCUCCCCACGCCAGACACCCACUCCAUUCCCUGCCGCUGGGGCGGCGGGGAGGCCUGGGCCGGCUUGUUGGCGCUGCGGGGACCCGGACCAUUUCGUGAAUCGCUGCCCCCUGAUGGAGGUGGGAACCAUGAUCCGGGUCCCGGACGCCCCACAGGCUGCCCCCGGUCCGGCUGGCUGGUACCAGAUACCUGUGAGUAUUGGGGGAGGUAUAUAUCAGGCUCUGGUGGACUCGGGUUGCAACCAAACCUCUAUCCACCAAAGCCUGAUUCGGCCCGCGGCAUUGGAUAAAAGCCGCGAGGUUAGGGUUCGGUGUGUGCACGGGGAUGUGGUGAAGUACCCCCUAACGGUGCUGCCAAUCAAAUUUCGGGGGAAAAAGCAUAGUGUAGAGGUGGCGGUUAAUCCUCACCUCCGACAUCCGUUGAUUUUGGGUACAAAUUGGCCUGCUUUUUCCAAAUUAUUGGGGAUACUGUGUGCGGAUGUCUCGUGGGGUAGAACGAAGCCAGGUGGGAGAGGUUCCGUGCAGACGGGCAGUGCUGAACCGGCGUUGCCGGGUGCUGACUCAGGGGAAAGGAGCGGAAUUGAGAGACUAAUUCUCUCUGACCGCGAUGAUUUUCCCCUGGAGCAGGCACAAGAUGAGACGCUGAAACGGGCUUUCGAGCAGGUCGCGUCCAUCGACGGGCAGCCUGUUCAGCCUGCACGGCCCCUCUCCUACCCGUACUUUGCUAUCAGGAACAAUCGGUUAUAUCGAGUGGCCCAAGACGCUCAAACCAAAGAGGAUGUAACCCAGUUAUUAGUUCCAAAGAGCCGUCGGGAAAUGCUUUUCCAGGCGGCUCAUAGUAAUCCUAUGGCAGGACAUUUGGGACAAACUAACACCAUAAAUCGCCUCAUGGCCCGAUUUUUUUGGCCGGGCAUUCACGACAAUGUGCGCAGGUGGUGCGCGUCUUGUCGGGAAUGUCAGCUGGUAAACCCACCGGCCACCCCAAAAGCGCCAUUGCGCCCUCUUCCAUUGAUGCAGGUCCCCUUCGAGAGAAUUGGCAUGGACCUCAUCGGGCCAUUAGAGCGAUCAGCAAGGGGGCACCGUUUUGCAUUGGUCUUGGUGGACUAUGCAACACGAUACCCCGAAGCAGUGCCACUCUGCAGCAUCUCGGCAAAGAGUGUUGCGGAGGCCCUGUUUCGUAUCAUCUCCCGGGUGGGGAUCCCCCGCGAGAUCCUCACAGAUCAAGGCACGGCGUUCAUGUCACGCACGCUGCGCGAACUAUACGAAUUGUUGGGCAUUAAAUCGAUUCGCACCAGUGUCUUUCACCCACAAACGGACGGGCUGGUGGAACGAUUUAAUCGCACAUUGAAAACCAUGAUUCGUAAGUUCGUUCACGAAGACGCCAAAAAUUGGGAUAAGUGGUUGGAACCCCUCUUAUUCGCGGUACGUGAGGUCCCACAAGCCUCCACGGGGUUUUCCCCCUUUGAGCUUCUUUAUGGCCGUCAGCCUCGAGGGGUGCUAGACGUACUAAAAGAAACUUGGGAGGACGGACCGUCUACGAGUAAGAACGAGAUUCAGUUUGUACUGGACCUGAGAGCAAAACUCCAUACACUGGGGCGGCUAUCCAUGGAGAAUUUGUUACAGGCCCAGGACAAACAAAGCCGUUUGUAUAACCGGGGAACCAACCUUCGAAAAUUCACGCCGGGAGAGAAAGUGCUUGUGUUGCUCCCAACGUCCAGCUCUAAAUUACUUGCAAAGUGGCAAGGACCCUUUGAGGUCACACGGCAAGUGGGGGAGCUUGAUUAUGAGGUCGUUCGGUCAGAUAGGAGGGAUGCACGUCAAAUUUACCACCUUAAUCUCCUGAAAAAAUGGAGUGAGGGGGAGUCAGCGAUGCUGGCGACGGUGGUGACCACAGAGGAGGAUCUCGGGCCAGAGGCAAAUGUAAAAACCCAAUCUCUUGCCCUGACCCCGGGGGGAGACCACCUCUCGCCCUCCCAGCUCACUGACCUGGCCCGCAUGCAAGCGGAGUUUGCCGACGUGUUUUCCCCCCUGCCUGGUCGAACGAACCUCAUUCAGCACCAUAUCGAGACCGAACCUGGGGUAGUGGUACGCAGUAGGCCCUACCGGUUGCCCGAACACAAGAAAAAGGUGGUUCAGGCGGAAUUAGAGGCCAUGCUGGAUUUAGGNUAG